AUGUACACCGGUGACAAGCAGAAGACCCAGGAUUUGUACCACGAGGUCCAAAACAUUGCUUUUCCCAAGAACAAGUCGGAUCCGCUGCUACGUGAGUGGGUCAAGCCUGGGAGCAACCCGAUCAUCGUGCCAGAGGGCGGCAUCAAUGACACGAAGUUCCGGGACCCGACCACCGCGUGGCAUGCCGAAGGCCACUGGAGCCGUGACUUCAAGCGGUGGACGCGGGUGAGGAAGCCUCUACACUCAGCGGCCACGGGGAUGUGGGAAUGCCCCGACUUCUACCCGGUCGCCGUGGAUGGCUGGCAGUACGGGCUCGACACGUCAGUGCCCUCCAACAAGCACGUGCUGAAGAACAGCCUUGAAGUCGGCCGGGAGCGGUACGUUCCGGACGACCCCGCCAGCGACGAGCACCACCUGCGGUACGACUAUGGGAACUUCUAUGCUUCCAAGACAUUCUAUGACCCGGUCAAGCGUCGCUGGAUUCUGUGGGGCUGGGCCAAUGAGUCGGACACCGACACUGAUGACGUUGCCAAGGGAUGGGCUGGAAUCCAAGCUGACGUUGAGAUGAGCUUUGAGGUACCGAGCCUGGAGGGAGUGGAGGCACUGGACCCAGCGCUGGCCAACGACGCCCAGAAGCUGUGCAGCGUGAGGGGCGUGGACGUGGAAGGUGGUGUGGGCCCCUUCGGCCUGUGGGUGCUCGCCUCCUCCAAGCUGGAGGAGAGAACGACGAUCUUCUUCCGGGUGUUCAAGGCCGCGCACAACAUCAACAGCACGAAGCUGGUGGUCCUGAUGUGCUCCGAUCCCACCAUGUCAUCUCUGAGCCAGAACCUGUACAAGCCGACCUUCGCAGGUUUUGUGGAUACUGACAUCACAAAGGGCAAGAUAUCCUUGAGAAGCCUGAUUGACGGGUCAGUCGUUGAGAGCUUUGGGGCAGGAGGGAGGACCUGCAUCCUUUCUCGUGUCUACCCGACGCUUGCCCGCGGCGAUGAGGCGCGCCUUCACGUCUUCAACAACGGCAAGGCAGACAUCAAGGUGUCACAACUGAUUGCGUGGGCAAUGAAGCCGGCGUUCAUGAAUGGCGCUUAG